CUGAACUCACUACUACAACUAACGGUUGCAAAACAUCAACAAACCUUCAGAGGAAUUUCAAGAGUGCCUUUUUUUGAAAAGUUAUUCACAAUUACCGUAUAAAUUGAUUCGCUAACUGCACCCAGGAAGACUUUUUCACUUAUCAGACAUUUUCAGUCACCAAAUCAAACUAAAUGAACGCUCGCAUCGAACCGACCGCGCCAUUGUCGAAACCGACCGAAUAUUUUUCCAUUCCGUUCAAGUUGCUGGCAGUCACAAAGCAAAACUUUUCUCGUGAAAUUAAUUAAUAUCAUUAAUAUCAUUGACAUAGUCGGCAGAUCAUCUGCGGCGGUGGAGGAGAUCUACCGCAAACUGAAACGCGAAGCAGGAAGGAUUGGGUUGAUGAUUAAUACAUCCAAGACGAAGUACCUGCUGGCCUGCGGAUCCGAGACCGACCGAACCCGGUUGUCCAGUAAUAACAAGGUCACGAUCGACGGCGACGAGCUGGAGAUAGUCGAAGACUUUGUCUAUCUCGGCUCACUGGUGACCGCAGAUAAUGACACCAGCCGUGAGAUCCGGAGGCGAAUUAUCAGCGGAAGUCGUGCCUACUAUGGACUCCACAAGCAACUGCGGUCGAGAAGACUUAGCCCUCGCACGAAGUUUAACCUGUAUAUGACGCUCAUUAGACCGGUUGUUCUCUACGGGCACGAGACAUGGAUAUUGCUCGAGGAGGACCUGCGUACACUCGGGGUAUUCGAGCGACGAGUGUUAAGAACCAUCUUUGGCGGCGUACAGGAGAACGGAGUGUGGAGGCGAAGGAUGAACCACGAGCUCGCGCGACUCUACGGCGAACCCAGUAUCCAGAAGGUGGUGAAAGCUGGCCGGAUACGCUGGGCGGGACAUAUUGCGAGAAUGCCGGACGACUGUCCUGCAAAACAGGUGUUCGCUACGAAUCCGGUAGGAACAAGACGAGCGGGGGCGCAACGAGCGAGGUGGUUAGACCAAGUGGAGCGUGAUCUGGCGAACGUGGGGUGCCCGAGGAAUUGGAGAACGGUUGCCAUGGACCGAGUGAAUUUUAGGAAUUAUGUUCGUCAAGUUAUGUCGUGAGACGGAAUACUAUGUAAAUAAAAAAAAUAGGAUGAAAAUCCCGUACAAUAAAAUCUCAGUAACAUUUGGCAUUACGUGGUUUGGGGCCGUUCAAAUACCACGUGGACAGAAAAAAUGAGAUUUUGGACCCCCUGCUCCCUCUCCCUCCGUGGGCAAGCGUGGACAUUUCCAUACACCCCCAUCCCCUCCCCGUAAGUUGUCCACGUGGUAUGUGAACGGCCCCUUUCCACAACAACCAUAUGUUUGCAUUGUCCCGGGUGACGAUUUUGUUUGUUCAUUAACAAAAAGUUUGCCCCUGUACCAGUUGAGAAUUCGAAAACGCUGUAUGUUUUCUGAGACCUCACAAAUUAUAAUUUUUGGUAUUGGAAUGGGCCAUUGUUUAAAAGCUUCUCGUAGCUAUAUAGCGAAUGCCACGUGCAUGUCAAAUAGCUGCCACCAUUACGGAAUCUUUGAACCCGAUCUUUUUAAUCAUUUAUCGAAAAUAAUUUAUAAAGGAGCUAUUCAGAAAUGCAGAGUAUCAGUAUACGGUGCAGUUAAGCGGUCUGAAACGUGUUAAAAAUUGAAUACAUGAAUACAACACAUGAAUGUAGUAGAUAUGUCUUGAGAAAAAGAAUAAUAUUGAAAAACAUAAAUUGAAACGAAGUAAAAUCAAUCUGAUUUCAUUGCUCAAUAUAAUUACUUCAAAUUUAGUCAUUUACUCAAAUGUUUGGAUGCGUAAAAAGGUUAUUUUACCAAAGCUGUUUGAUUCAAGUUUACAGCGUACCAUAAAUGAUUUAAAAGCAGAGCAGACUAAUUCAUGCGAUUAGAGCGUGUAAAUCUCUAAGAGAAAGUUGAGUGCUUCGUGAGAGAUUUGUUGGAUGACGGAUGGAUGAAUGCGUGACCGGAGAGAGUGAACUGGCAUGUCAGAUUUACGGGUGAACAGAUGGGGAUGAUCGCAUUCUAGAUUCUAUUUUCGAGAAGGAAGGUUAGAGUGUUUUGCUGGAGAAUAAGUGUUUUCAAAAAGGUACCUAAUUGGAACAAAAAAAUGGAAUAUGAAUUGAAAUGUAUUCCAGAAAGAAAGUUACCACAAUGAAUACAAUUUGUAAAAGAAUUAAGCACAAAAAAUCGAGAAUUGUUUAUACGUAUAAACAGUACUGCAUUCAAUGCCACUUCCCCCAGAAAUUAUCAAAACGCGAUGGAAUGUUUUGGUAGGUACAUUCUUUCAAAGUACAAACCUCAAAAUAGUGCGAAGAAAUCGUUUCACGAUGUA